UUGCUUUUCAGCUAAUCAUCAACUUCGUAACGGCCUGGGGUCUUGCUCGUGCCGUGCUCUCCUCGAUAUAUAGCAAGACGAUUGGCAAUGUUACGCACCGCCACGUGUACGCGGUGAUUAUUCCUUGAGUUGGGCGCAUUUCCGAGGUGCAUAUAUUCGACUUGUAACCUAAAUGGCCGAGUUGGGCCCGGGCGAUAAGCCCUCCACCGCAAACGGUAGUACUUCAGUAGCUUCCUCUAUUUCACCUCAGCCGCAGCGCACUUCCCAGGUGGUCCAGGGCUCGCCUUCCGACCUGCCGACAAAGCCCAAGUCGUCCCCAGACACCUCCGCAACGCCGCGGUCACAACCAAGUGGGUCGGAGACGUCACCAACGCCUGCUCCUAAAGACUUGAAUGGGAACAGCAUCCCGGCUUUGCAACCGUCGCCAAAGACCAACCUCCCUGAAAUUGUGGAGGUCUCAACGCCCAACUCGACCACCCUGCGCACGCAAGCUACACCUUUAGAAACACCUCGCGAACGCAUUGUAAAUGCGGCAAACGCGCCAUCCGAUGGCGGCGGUGCACCGGCGACACCGACCUACACGCAUGCCGCUGGGAGCGCUGCUGGGAAGGUGCCUGAGGCGCGCGCACCCGACACAACUGGCGCCAAACCCAGCAAGGAUGCACCAAACACACCCGCUGCGGCUCCUGCAGCCCCUGAGGCGGCAGAGGGCCUGAACCUAAAGACCCUGCCAAAGGUCGCUGCUGACGCAGCCAAGCAGGCGGGGCAGGCUUACGUGGAGGCUGGCAAGGAAGCUCGCGGCACGUUGGCGCUGCUCAUGAAGGCUCCAUUCCUCAAGGAGGGACCGCCCAUCACCCUAACCCUCGACCAAAUCGGCGUCGCCCUCUUCUUCGUGGUCCUGGGCUUCCAGGUGCUGCUGCUACCCAUCUUCAUGCCGUCCGUGUUCCGACUGGCGUACAACCUGGUGUGGGGGCUGCUGUUCGGCCUGGGCCUAAGUUUCCUGUUCUACUACAACAAGAAGCGGAAGGCGGAGGUGAACGAGCUGCUGUCCAUCAACUUGGGUCUGAAGGGCGCCAACCUGGUGGCGGGCGGCCUGCCCUCCUGGUUCAACAUCUCGCACAAGGAGAAGCUGGAGUGGCUGAACAGCCUGAUUGUGGAGGUGUGGCCGUUCGUCGACAAGGGCAUAUGCCAGAUGAUCAAGGACACCACAGCCCGAGUGAUGCCUGAUGUGCUGAAGGAGCUGCCCGUGGGGCUGAGGGGCGUGGUGAAGAGCAUCGGCUUCAAGCACCUGACGUUCGGCGGGGCGCCUGUCCGUGUGGAGAGUAUUUGGGUGAGUCCCGAGGACACCGGCAGCCUGGUCAUGGAGUUGGACGUCAAGUGGUGCGGCGACCCCAAUAUCACGCUGGCCAUCGAAAUCCCCACCGGUCAAAAGCUGUGCCCCCGCAUCAUGGACAUCACCUUCGCGGCCACUGUGCGUGUGGUGCUGAACCCGCUCGUACCUCGCAUCCCGGGCUUCGUGGGCGCCAUGGCCACGGUCCCCAAGCCACCGCUCAUCAAGUACCGACUGGACUUUGGUCGGGCCAUGGGCGGCUCCAUGGCGCCAGCCGCCGUGACGCCCGUGGUCAACUUCUUCCUGCGCGACGUCAUUACCAAGAUGCUGGUGUGGCCGCAGCGACUGGUGGUGCCCAUCCUGCAGGAGACGGACCAGGACAAGAUUGAGAUCCAGCGGCUGAUGCGGCGGCACCGAGGCGUGCUGCGGGUGUGUGUUGAGUCGGCCAAGGAGCUGCGGCCGCAGGAAUGGGGCACCAAUGAUGUGAGCGUGGAGCUCACCACGGACAGCGAGCACUUCGAGGCGACCAGCAUCCGCCGUGCGAAGCCCGUGGCGGGCGUUACGCCCGAGGAGCAGGAGCGGCUGGGGGAGUCGGUGACGUGGAACGAGUGCAUCUUCCUGCUCAUCCAGGAGCCGCGGGAUCAGUUGAUGCGACUGGAGGCGUUCGACAUCGACAAGCUGCGCCCCUCGAAACUGCUGACGGGGCAGGUGACGCAGGUGGUCAACGGCCGCGGCCUCAUCGGCCGCUCCAUGGUCAAGCUGGGCCCCAUCUGCAAGGCGGGCUCGCAGGACCAGAGCGAGACAGUGGUGACGCAGCUGGGGCGAGCGGAUUGGGGCAGCCCGGGCGGCCCGGGCAAGGGAGCCGGCAAGGUGCGGUUGCAGAUGCGGUACUGGCCGUUCGAGCGGUUCACCAAGCAUGACAUCGAGAACUCCAUGGAGGGAAUCGUCACGGUUCGGCUGCUGCGGGUGUGGGGUCUGGCCGCCACUGGGGACAGCCUGUCCGCCUACGUGCGCGUCACCAGCACCGCGAACAAGAGGGAGUGGAAGAGCUCUACCAAGGCGUGGAACCGCCGGCAGCAUACUGCGCGCCUACGCGCCGAGAUCAAGCGGCUGGGCGAGGCGCGUGAGCGGGACCUGCGCGAGGGUCGCACUCGGGAUGCUGACAAGAAGGCGAGGUACAUGGAGGCGCUGCAGGAGGCCAUUGCCGGCGACAACAAGCGGGCCAGACUCAUGGUCGACCUGGACUAUACGCUUGACAGCACCGCCAUGUGCGCCAUCUACCACGUGAAGCUGACGGACAUGAUCAAGAUCAAGGUGCUGGAGUCCAGCCUGCUGUCCUCGCCCGAGUGCCUGGGCCGACUGGACAUCCCCGCCUCCGACAUCGUCACCUCCUGCGACGUCAACCCGCUGUCAGGCCAGCGGGAGUUCGGGCUGCACCGCAGGAAGUGGGAGGAGUACAAUCCCGACCAGCCGGAGCGGGCGCCGGAGGACUUGGAGCGGGGAAUUCCGCUGGAGGAGGGCGACGGGGCGCGGAUCUGGGUGGAGCUGCGCUGGGUGCCGUGCAUUCAGGUCGGGGACGUGGAUGAGGAGGACGAGGAGGAGGAGCAGCAGGCGGCUGCAAGCCCGGCGCAGCGGUAGAGCCCGCGCUGUGGCCGUGGAGUGAUGCGGCCUGGGACGGAUCCGUGCAUGACAGGCGAAUUGUAUGUAGCCGAAGGCGGUCACCGAAACGGUCGUGCAAUGUGGCUAAGGAAGUGCCGUCUGCGCUAGAAUAAGAAGCGCCUAUACGGUAAUUAAACGUACCUGGUACAGCAUGUUUGUUGAGGCAGCAUUAUUUGAAAUGUACGAGCAGGUGGGCUGUAUGGAGCUCUACCACGGUAUUGUACGGCAUGAGGCAAGACGCUCGGAGGCAGCCUGUAGGAGGUGUCCCCCUUGGUGGUAUUUGCUGGCCUGAAUAAGGGAAGGACUCCCAAGAUAUAUUUUCUUUAGUAGAUAGUCCUCACUUGUCUGUUAUCGGUUAUCCUUAAUAUGCCUUGGCUUGGCAGGUGGAUGACUUGCUUGGAUGGAUGGUAGCCCCAAACCCGGUGUGCAGUGACGCAUUGCCCAUGACACGUGUUGGACUUGUUCAUAGCUUAUCUUAUCCUGCUAUCGGACGGAUAGCGCAGGAGUGGCACAGGAGGAAUUGCAGCUGCAUUCUAAGCAUGAGGAGUGCGGGGGUUGGGGCCCUCUCGUCAGGCGUGUGUGGGGAAGACGCAAUAAGAAACUCUGGAUAAUGCGUGGUUGUGUUACGUGUCCAUUUCGAGCAACGGCCUGCUGCAGGAAAUUUCUCUCUGCCAGCUGUCGGGUAACAGGUUUUGUUGCGGAUUUGGGACUUCUUCGUGUGAUGCUUUAGGUGUUAUUCUUGCAAGCACUCCUCAGCAUGCAUGCAUGCAUUGAUGAGAAUAAGAGGCUGUGGGUGUCAUGAGUGUUACCGGUAUGGCCGUCGGCCUGGCAAGGUCCAGUGCAGAACAAAACACCGAAACGUAUAUUUACCCAAGCGGGUGUAAAGCCGGGGCCAAGACAACACCAAGCGUCGGUAAGGCGUACUCGCAC